AGAAAAUCCAUUGUAAGUAUCUCAGAAUUGUACAAUCCUUUCGCCGCUGCCAAGAAAAAGGAGACAUUAAUUGAUGCCAAAAACGUGAUUGCCUUUAAGAUUGACUUGAGGAUCGUUUGCAAAUGUCAUGGUACCAGCUUUGGGCCCGUAAAUGGGGAAGCCGCAAGUCAUUCUGGUGAUGAUAAUAUUAUCGAUGAUGAAGGAAAGCUCACCCGAGAGGGCAAAGAUAUAUAA